ACAUAUGCUGUUAGCGGGUCUCCUUAGCGCUGCUUUAUUAAACCUCUCCCUCUCUCGACGUCAGCUUUUUGGAACUCGAGCAAGGAAAAGUUUGGGGAGAAAAAGUACACUGUUGUCUAUGUAUGGAUGAAUACUGAACGACUCUCUACAGGAGAGAAAAACAGUGCAGUCUAUCCACAAAUGGCGAGUGCGUGGCAUCCGCAUUAAAAACCUGCGGUAAACUGGGACCUGAAGCAAACAUUGCAUUGAUUUCUGGAAAUAUUUUGUAAUCUCUAAUCGGAGAGAGGCAGCGUAUCGAAACGGAAUUUCCCGGUGACAGUUUUCAAGAGAAAAGAAAUCCAUGAAGUUUAAAACGAGAACGAUUCUCGAUCUGGAGGACUUUAAAACGUCUACUUUUGUUUGUGGUUGUUUGUUAGUAAGGAAACAAAGGGUAUUUUGAACUUUCUUAAAAGUUAACAAACUCGAAAAGAACAAUGGCAAAGAAAUACGACUUCCUUUUUAAAUUGCUGCUGAUUGGUGAUAGUGGUGUUGGCAAGACGUGUUUGAUCAUCCGUUUUGCGGAGGAUAAUUUUAAUUCAACAUACAUUUCAACUAUUGGUAUUGACUUUAAAGUGAAAACCAUUGACGUUGAGGGCAAGAAAGUAAAACUUCAAGUCUGGGACACAGCAGGACAGGAGAGGUUUAAGACCAUCACUACUGCUUACUACAGAGGAGCCAUGGGCAUCAUUCUUGUGUAUGACAUCACUGAUGAGAAAUCCUAUGAGAAUAUUCAGAACUGGAUGAAGAGCAUCAAAGAAAAUGCAUCAGCAGGUGUAAGUCGUAUGUUACUGGGCAACAAGUGUGACAUUGAGGCCAAAAGGAAAGUGUCGAAGGAGAUUGGUGAGAAGCUUGCAAAGGAACAUGGAAUUCGAUUCUUCGAGACUAGUGCAAAGUUAAGCAUCAACGUUGAGGAGUCGUUUCUCUCUCUUGCUCGGGACAUUUUGCUGAAAUCAAAUAAGAAGUCGGGUCCAACUGGUCGAGAGGUUAAACUUACCAGCACAGAGAAAAAGUCCUCCAAAUGUCUUCUUCUUUAGAUGUGCUCACUAUGCACACGGAACACCGCAGUGUUAAUAACAGAUUUGCAAAGUGAACAUUGAAUGCUAUUGCUAAUAGGAAGUGGUGAUGUGGAAUAUUUGAUAGGAAAUAUGAAACCGGUUUUUGCUUUCAUGUAUUUAGAGGAAAAUCACAUUAUAUUUCAUGUAUGUAUUUUUGCACUACACAACAAAAACAGUUCAUUAGUUAGGUUAGAAUGAUUGGUUUUAUUUGCACAAUAAGUUUUGCUCACUUCAGUGUUAUUUCAAGUGUAGACAUAGACAAAAACAACCCUUUGAAUAAUGUAUUAAAAAUGUAGUUGUAUCUCUUAAAAUGUAUUAAUAGGUACAGGUGAAAUUUAGCCAAAUUUGAGAACCACUUUGCAAUUUUUGGGUUGUUUCAAAAUGGCUGACAAACAGUUUGAGUGUUUGCUUGUUUAAGACCUCUAAACAUAGAAUGGCGUAAGUGAUGUUAGGACGUUGAAUGAGUGAUGUGAGAACAGAAGUGAUGGAAGUAUUCUACUGAAAAUUUACAUUUUACACCCUUAAGUCUCUUUUUAUUCUUUCAAGUGCUUUGGUGCCCUAUUCUAUUUUUUAUAUGCUUUCCAACAGCUUACUCUAUACUUGUAUAUUGAAUUGCUUUUAAUAAAGAACAAUGUUAA